CGCCUGCGCAGAAUUGGCAGUCUCGCGUUCACUUUACUGGCGCGUGCAGAGCGAGUUCAAUCUCGCGAACCUCAAAAUCGCUUCUGGGGAAGCGCGUUUUAGAAUCUUCGCUUCAGCGCACGCUUGUUUCAUCUGGUUGAGUUUGAUCCAGCGCAUGUAGUGGAAGAUGGACAAGCAGAAAGUGACAGAGUUAAAGGCCUUCGUGCAGAUGUGCAAAGAUAAUCCAGCUGUGCUGCAUCUCCCAGAGAUGAGCUUCUUUAAGACCUGGCUGCAGGGAAUGGGAGCUACUUUACCAACACCAACAAAGAAUAAUGGUUCAUCUUGCAAGGGAAGCUGUCCAUGUGAUGGUGCUCGCAAACCAGCGCCUGAACCAGCCCCUAUGUCUGAGAGUGAAGAGAGUGAAGUAGAAAUCGACAUGGAAGGUGUGAUUGAGCCCGAAACAGAUGAUCCUCAGGAGAUGGGCGAUUACGAGAACCUGGAGGUUUCUGAUGAGAUGAUGGACCAAGCCAAUGAGAAAAAGAUUGAGGCCAUUGGAAUGUUAGGAGAUGGUGACCUACAGAAAGCUCUCGACCUCUUCACAGAGGCCAUCAAACUCAACCCAAAACUGGCCAUUCUUUAUGCCAAAAGAGCCAGUGUGUUUGUAAAAAUGCAGAAACCCAACGCUGCAAUCAGAGACUGUGACAGGGCCAUUGACAUCAACCCAGACUCAGCCCAGCCUUAUAAAUGGAGGGGGAAAGCACACAGGUUGCUUGGGCAUUGGGAGGAGGCAGCUCGAGACUUGGUGAUGGCCUGCAAACUAGACUAUGAUGAUGAAGCCAGUGCCAUGCUGAAAGAAGUCCAGCCCAAGGCCAACAAAAUCAUAGAGCACCGGCGCAAAUAUGAACGCAAGCAUGAAGAACGGGAGCUUAGAUCAAGACAAGAACGAGUGAAGAAAGCAAGGGAGGAGCAUGAGAGAGCACAAAAGGAAGAGGAGGCCAGACAACAAGCUGGAGGAGCACAUGGAGGGUUCCCAGGAUUUCCAGGAGGUGCUGGUUUCCCUGGUGGAGCUCCUCCAUUUGGAAUGCCUGGACUUAAUGAGAUAUUUAAUGACCCAGAGGUUCUCAUGGCUAUGCAGGAUUCUGAGGUGAUGGCAGCAUUCCAGGAUGUGGCACAAAACCCUGCCAACAUCUCCAAGUACCAGAGCAACCCCAAGGUCAUGGCCCUAAUCAACAAACUCAGCUCGAAGUUUGGUGGCCAGCAGCCCUAAAGGGCAGCAUGUGUUAAUGUGAAUUUGGGUCACUGAUGUGGUUGUCUCUGAUGUUGGCCCUGAAUUGCAAGAAUUAUUUUUUUUGGGGGGGCUCAACUGAACUUCACUGAGCUCAACAAUUAGCACUAUAAGGGAUAGUUUACCCCAAAAACAAAAAUUUGGCAACAUUUACACACCCUCGUGUUUGUUCUGAAUCUGUAUAACUUCUGUUUUCUGGUAGUAUGUUAAUCUAAGUCACCAUUCAUUUUCAUUGUAUGGAAAAGAGAUGCAAUGAAAGUGAUUGGUGACAUGAUAUACUGUAUAACCCUAACAUAUUUUGUGUUACAUGGAAGGAAGUCAUCCGGGUUUGGUAAAUAAAGACAGACUUUUCAUUUUUGGGUGAGCUAUCCCUUUAAGACCAUGAUCUUAAUCUCCUCACAUUUGAAAAUGUUUAACGCAGAUGUCCUCAGUGCUGAAUUUGAUAAGCACUGCUCUAGGUGCUGCAUAGACUAACUGGAAUUAACAAAAGUGUGCAUUUAACCGUCAACCAUUCCAGAAGAUUUAGUAUAAUUUGAAUGAUCAAUGUCAUCUAUUCAGUUAUUAGAACUGCAAUAGGAGUUAAGGUAUAUAGCAUAUGGUUGUGGUGACGUUUUAUCCCAAAUCCUUCUUGAUUCGAUUCAGUCAAACAUUGUGAACUUAUACCAGAUUGAUUUGGUCUAGUGGAAAACUCAAUGUGGCUUUAUCAUUUACUAGAUCAAGAUGGUGUAACAUGUUUACAUAUUUCCUGUCUAAAGCAAGCAGUCAAUCACUUUCUGUUAGACUUCAUAGGUGUUCUUUAUAAAGGUUUAUGAUUAUUACAUUUGUUGUUGUUUUUUAUCCUUGCCCUCAAUGUAACCUAACAUUUUCUUCUGUCUCUUGUCAAUUGCAAAAAAAAGUGCAAAUUCAAUUAUGAAACGCACCCUUUCCUUUUGUGAAAUUUUGCAUCUUACAUUGAAUUUCAUCUUGAUUUAACUCAAUAAACAUCUU